GCAGCACCUGGGAAACGCCCGCGCCGGUUGGGGCGGGCGUGGCCGUUGGGACGGAGGGCGUUGGCCGGACUCAGUUAGGGUGUCAGGCCGGGCGGCGGGGGCGACGGGGAGGCGGCGCUCUCGGGCCGCAAGCGGACGUGGUCUGUGAGCAGCGCCCGGUCGCGUGGGCAGACGCCUCCCCAGCGGCGGCGCCCAUUUUGCCCGCCCGCUAAGGAGAGUAGUGCGUGGCCUACACUCUUAGGGGACAGCCCAGUCAGGCGACCAUCUGCGCAAAAACGCCAGCCUCUUGAGCCAGAGGGACGCUCUUCUGAAAUUCCAUACUAAAGCAGUUAAGGUUUCAUUUUGUUUUAUUUCCAAGCCACAGCCCCUGAUUCUUGCACAACUCUCCCUGGACCACUUCCGGUUGCCGGCCCGCACCUCGUAACUUCGGUUCCAGUGACCUCGGCCUGCAAUGCCCCUAGUCUCGUCCCGGGCUCACGUCGCGAUCCCGGCUUGAGAGGCCUGGGGUGGGGGUCCUGGAAGUUUUAACCUAGCUGUUCUCGAGGCGGAUUAAUUAGCCCAAGAAACAUUAUAUUCAUUUUUCUGGAUAUGCCACAGAAGGAUCCGUGCCAGAAACAAGCCUGUGAAAUACAGAAAUGUUUACAAGCCAAUAACUACAUGGAAUCCAAGUGUCAGGCUGUCAUCCAAGAACUGCGUAAGUGUUGUGCUCAGAAUGCCAAGGGAAGAUCACUCGUCUGUUCAGGAUUUGAAAAAGAAGAGGAAGAAAACCUGACACUGAAGUCUGCAUCAAAGUAAAGUUCUACUGAGAAGUUAAAUUCUGCUCCAUGUUUCCACCAAGGGAGUUUUAUUUAUCUUCCUGACUUUGUUCAGGCCAGGUAGCAGCAAAUGACAAAUGAAAAAUGCAAUUGUAAAAGUUAAUGAAUAUGCCAUCUAUGCAGAACAGGCAAAAUAAUAUAAAUACAUUAAAGACAAAUAUGUAGAAUGUAAUAAAACUGAGCUGCUAAAAUAAACUUAAG